UUGACAUACCGUUAGGGAAGAAUUGACGUUGAAAUGUUGUUAUUGUUUCAAUUUCUACUAUUAAUGUUUUUAGAAAAAGACGUAUUUUCGAGAAAUGAUAUCACAUUUCAAAUAAAGGAUAUGUAUUGAUGAUGAAUUUACUGUGCAUUGUUGUAGUCAUAACAACAUUAGCAAAAUUAUGCUCAUCAGAAAGCGACCCGUACUCAAAAGAACCUUAUCGCCCUCUCGGUCCUUUAGUUAAAUGUAGCUUUCUUCCCCUGGACUUUCUAGACUGCGACGAACCAGUUGAUCAUAAAGGAAAUGAGACUGCUAAAAAAGCUGUUAAACAUGGCUGUGUCAAAUUCGGAGGUGUAACUUACGAAGAAGUGGAGAAAACGAAAGUUCAAUGUAAAGCAUUAGAUGGUAUCGAAUGUCACGGUAGCAGAACGUUUCUCAGAGACGGUUUUCCGUGUGUACGUUAUUCAGGACAUUAUUUUACAACAACAUUAAUAUACAGCAUUUUACUUGGUUUCUUGGGCAUGGACCGGUUCUGUUUGGGCCAAACAGGAACUGCUGUGGGGAAACUGCUGACAUUAGGAGGUUUAGGGAUCUGGUGGAUUGUGGAUGUUGUGUUACUGAUCACAAAUAACUUACACCCUGAGGAUGGCAGCAACUGGAAUCCAUAUGUUUGAUUUAAUAAAAUUAUGUACAAUAUCACUCUUUAUUCAUGAAAUACAUCACUUUUAAACCUAA